AUGCCCGAAACUGGUGCUAUUCACACUGACUUCGGUCAUCCUAUUAUCGGGAACGUUCGCGGACUAAAGGUAGCAGGAGUUUUGCAGUUUCUCGGCGUGAAGUAUGCGUCACUCCGCCAUUGGUUCGACAACCCUACGCUGUGCACUUACGAUGGGAAUGGAAUCGUUGCAGACCACUAUGGACCACAAGCUAUCUCUCUGCCAGAAGGUGUAGAUAACGAACUAACCGCCAUCCAAAAGCAUUUGAUAAAGCCCGAAUUUCCUGGGAUGUCGGCCACUGAGUGUCUUAAUCUGAAUGUUGUUGCCCCAGCUACCUCAACAAGCUCUGAUGAAUUCCCAGUCCUGGUCUACAUCCACGGCGGCGGCUUUUCUAUUGGCGCGAACUGGUGGCCACAAUUCGAUAUGAAGCGCAUCGUGCAACUUUCUAUCGAUAGUGGUAGCCCUAUCAUUGGCGUCAAUAUCAACUACCGGCUUGGUGCGCCUGGCUUCAUGACUUCUAAAGAGCUCCAACAGGCUGGAUACAAGUCUAAUCGCGGGCUGCACGACCAAAGAGUGGCACUACAAUGGGUGGAAAGGUACAUUGCAGGCUUUGGCGGCGACCCUAGUCAAGUCACCGUGGCUGGCGAGAGUGUAGGUGGAUUGUCAGCAACACGUCUACUGUAUAGUGAGGAAGCUCUGGCUUCUCGUAUUGUGGUUAUGGGUGGUGCUCCGCCAUCCGUUUCUCCUCUGACUUCUGAGGUGGCCGAGUUUGCCUACAACUCAAGUAUUGAGGCUUGGGGUAUUCACGAAUUGUCCCCCAGCGAGCGACUCAAAUCUUUGGAAACGUUCACGAGCUUCGAUCUACAUCAGAAGGUCCAACGCUUGCCCAUCCUUCCAGUUCUUGACGACGACCUCGUGCCUUAUAAUGAAUCCUUCAAAACGAUGGCUUUGGAGGAUUAUAAAUUCAAGGCUAAGCGAUGUCAAGGCGCCCUGAUAGUGUUCUCCCCAUUAGAUGCAAGUAUCUUCGCAUUCAUGGGAUUGUUCGCAGGAAGAAAGUCCAUCGCCGCUGAUUUCAUCAACCAUCUUACAACCAUGCUUCCUCAACACCAUGAACCUGUUCAACAGCUUCUGGAGUCCUAUAAAAUCUCGUCCGACUUGGACAAUCAAAAUGCCCUCCUUUAUCUGUUACAAUUUGGAUCCGACAUUGGGCACCAUGCUGCAGCUCUAGCCCUCGCUGAAAAGGUUCCUGGCGAUGUAUUCCUCAUGCAAUUCUCAGAACCAAAUCCAUGGGAUGGCCCCUUCAAAGGACACAGUACUCACAUACUAGAUGUGGCAUUUUUGCUGCAGAACUUUAACGACCACCUUGAUGAGACACAACGUGCAUCGGCGGUGCAGUUUGCUGAGGACGUUAUUGCCUUUGCAUAUGGGGAAAAGCCAUGGGAACCAUUUUCAAACACUCAAGGGGUGUCCAUUUUGCAGGGUGGUCGUAGAGAGUAUUUGGAAAUUGGUCGGGCCACGUCAAAGAGGUACCAAGAGUUGAUGAGAGUCGCUGAAAUAACCAGCCUAGACUCACUUCUGAAUGCAUGGACAUCCUUUCUCUUUGCAGCAUAA